AAUAGGCAGUAUGCAAAUGACAUCAGCGUUUUGGUCUCACACCGGCGUUGUUUUUCCAUGUGAAACAGCUGCUGUCUGUCAUCAUACAUAUUUAUGGUGUAGGGAUGGUGGACAGGUUUUACAGAUAUGCAUAUGGACAGUGAGGCAGUUACAAAGCGUCGACAUCAACUCAACGGUCCAAUGCCAUUACAGCGAGAUAAACCUUACCAUUUUGCACCCCGGGAAGGAGUGUCUCUCAAAGGGCUGAGGUUUGGCCGCCUACUGACAUUCCACAGAACUGCAGUGUUAUCUGGAGUCCUGUUGGUGCUGUAUAAUGAGGUUCUGGUGUACUACAUCAAUAAAACCAGCUGGGAACUUCCUCCUGGUUUCUCACAGUCCAGGGAAGAUGACAAGAUAGUCCGACUUGUCAUUGCAGGGGACCCACAAAUACAGGGUUACCAGUAUGAAGCUCCAGGAUUGGUGGGUUGGCUGACCAGAUGGGACUCUGAUCGCUACCUCAGGAUGACCUUCAGCCUGCUAUACGACACGGUCAGACCUGAUGCCGUCAUCUUCAUGGGAGACCUGCUGGAUGAAGGCAGCGUGGCGUCUGAUGUGGAGUACUCCGUGUAUGUGCAGAGAUUCUACCAGAUAUUCCAUGUAUCUGCAGGGACAAAGCUGAUUCUCCUUGCUGGUGACAAUGACAUAGGAGGUGAGGGUUCUGACAUGAUCACACAGGAGAAGAUGCAGAGAUUUCAGGAGAACUUUGCACCACUGGAUGAAGUGGUGAGAGUCAAGAAUGUGGACUUCCUCAAGGUGAAUCUGGUAACCCCAUACCAACAUGCACCUGCGGUGCCCCGGACCAGGCUAAUGUCACAGCUGUCUGCACCUGUCAGGGUGCUCCUGUCACAUGUCACUCUAAAUGCUGCACUACUACAGACUGCAGCUACGAUCCUGGGCAGCUUCAGACCACAGUAUGCUUUUUCUGCACAUUUUCACAAGUAUGGGAAGGCAACUUACAACAUUACCAGAAUAAUGAAGAGUGCAGGUCUGCCGUACUCAGCUGAUAUGGGUAAGACGCAGCCGGUUACACAGGAGUAUCAGGUGCCAACAUGCAGCUACAGGAUGGGAACACCUGAAAUCGGCUACAUGGUGGUCACGAUAGACCCUGCAGGUGAGAUGAGUACCUCUGUGGUAUGGCUGCCUCGGCGGUACGUGUACCUGGGUGUGUACGUGCUGUACCUGAUCCUGGUCACCCUCGGCUGGCUGGUCCAGCGUGUGUGUCGCCCCUCAUCCAGACAACAUCACACCACACGAUGAUAAACUCUAUAGCUACCUGGAGCUGAUAUACAACUUAAUGUUGAUAUUUAUUUGAAGACAAAUUCUUUCCUAU